AUGGAUAACAUACACAACCAAAUUCGUGAAAAUUUGGAAAAAAAAGCUCUCGCAAAAAGUCCUGGAAAACAUGAAAGAAAUGUCAAAGAUUUGCGUCUGAUCGCAAAAACAACUAUGGCGAGCACAAAAGCUAGCCAAGCUCGUAUUCCCUUUUUGGUACAUCCUACGAAAGGAAAAGUAGAGUCUAUAUCAGAGAUGCUGACGGUAGCCACUGAUUUUUACACUGAACUGUACAGUGAAAAACCAGCCGAUAGUGGAAUCUGGAACAGAUUCUUGACCGGUUUACCGAAACGCAGUCCUCAAAAUAUUGAUAAACUAGAAAAAGAAAUCACAGUUGUAGAAUGCUAUGACGCUCUCAAGGAAAUGACGACAGGACGAUCUCCAGGGGAUGACGGGAUCACGGUAGACGUAUAG